UACCUCCCAUCCACGAAUCACGAUUUCUCAUUUCCACGCGUCGCUUCCACCCUCAUAUCUUUUCGAAAAACAACUUUAAAUUAAAUAAAUUAUUCAAAUUAAUUCGAAUUAAUUAAUCAAUCAAAUUAAUGAAAAAUGAAAAUAAAAGUUCGCUGAUGAGUUCAACUUCGACGGAAAAAGAAGCCUCUAGAAGCUCUCACAGGAACCACAACGACGUUGGAGACUCAGACUCACAAUAGAUAUCAAAUAUCAAAUUUCCUGUAAAUUCCGAUUAAUCUUUAUCUUAUUUCAGCUUCAAGAUAAUGUGUUGAAACAGAUGACCAUAUAGUGCUCCAUGCUGGUGACGAACAUGAGGACUGGUUUGCAAUGCAGUCCGACAGUAAGAAGUUACUUCGUGAAAUAUACAUACAUUUUAUCAAAAGAAAUGUUUAACUACUGAUUAUGUGAGGAGCUAUUGUACUCAGAGUAAAGAGCAAUACUCCCAAAUCUGAAGCAGAAAGAAAUAAUGAUUGGAAAGGGCUCAUGGUCUUGCAAACCCGAAGAUCCGUUUUCUCCAUGUAAUAGUGACUCAGGCAAAGAACAGAAAAGGCUAGCAUCAGAUAUUACAAGUAUGUAUGAUCAUUGUUUCAAGAGCAGCAAUGUAGAUUCUAGCAGUAGUGAGCUUUGUGCAAAUGAUACUAUCUCUGGAGACAAGUGUUUGGUGGAGGAUGAUAGUGUGUCUCAAUAUUCAAUUAAUCACAUAUCUCAACCUGACAAUGAACUCAGCUUUGUUGAUACUGAUGGAUGGCUCGAUAUAGACAACUUUGAAGAUGUUGAUAGGAUGAUGUUAAAUUAUGACUUAACUUUCGGAAUGGGGAGCAUCAAUAAUGAAGAUGAAUUCUGCUGGCUCUCAUCGUCACAUGGAGCUGAAGGACCUGAUGAUGAUGCACUAAAGUCUGCCUUCAAGUUUUCAUCUACUCAAGUGAGUCCACUGAAAAGUAUAUCAGAUAAUAUGGACCUGAACGAAAAUACCGAGGGUCUACCAAUUCAUGAUUGUGACAAAAAAGCAUCUUCUUUUGAUAAAAAUCUGAGGACUGAAAUGGAUGUUGAUCGUGAUGCUGUUCCUACUUCAUUAUCAACAUUUGAUGAAUCAGACAUGAAAUCGGGUAGCAUAGAUGACUUGAUGCCUAAACAAAAGAUACAGGAGCAGCUGUCGAAGCAAUCAGAAGGAAAGAGAAAAAAUAGCUGUCUAAAAGGUGGUGAUUCUGAUCAUCCUUAUGCUCACGUGGAGCAACCCUGCGGAGGCUCUUCCAGUGGGGUCACUUCCGAGGAUAGCAUUCACAAAGAAAGACCAAACAUGGAUUCUGAGUCUUUACGGUGUGUUCACAAACAAACUCCUCGAGUGCUCCCAGAUUACAGUCAUGCUUCAAAUUAUGCUCCUCUACUACCUGCCUCGUCUGGAUCGAGGUAUCAACACAAUGGAUAUCCACCAUAUGCAUCAAACAUGAAGAGUUCUCGUGGUCAUCUUUUAGAAACUGCUGCCUUGAAAACAAAUGCUAAGAGAGAAAAAUUGUAUCUUUGCAAUGAUGCUAAACUUACAAGUAGGGGUUUCAAAAGUGAAAAUAUGCAAAAUCCUACGCCAUUCGAAAGUCCAGGUUCAGCUCAGAAGGUAGGAUGUCAGUUUGAAAAUGCGAAUGAAAGCCAUAGUGAAGUUGGAGACAUUAGCAUCGGAUUUUCACCAGAAGUAGAGUCAUCAAAUGUACCAGAAAGUUCAUCUAUUAGCUCUGCACUAGAUGAAAUCUCACUUGAAGCAGCUAGCUUUCACCAGCUGCAACAGGUCCUGGACCAGUUGGACGUUAAAAUCAAGCUAUGCAUAAGGGACAGUCUUUACCGUUUAGCUAAAAGUGCUGACCAAAGAAACAAUGAUCCCAAUGCAAGUGGUAUAAUAGGUGAUGAUGUUGAGGCAUGCAAAGGAGUAACGACACAGGAUACAAACAGGUGUACGGGAUUCAUUAAUAUGGAAACUAAUACAAAUCCCAUUGAUCGGUCUAUAGCACACUUAUUGUUUCAUAGGCCCUCAGAUCCAUCAAUGUUGCCCCUUAGUGAUAUUUUACCUUUCAAAUCCAGUUACAUGAUACACGGAUCAGGGACCAAUCCACCAAUAUUUGCUGAGAAACAGAUUUGUCAGGAAGAAUCGUCUGGCGGAGUAGAGACUUAGUCUUGAAGGGUAUCACAUUGUGAUAACUGAAUCUAGCAUUGGCAUUAGCCCGGGGUCCAAUGUCUUUUCAAUUAAGUCAUCAUAUCAUAUAUUGUAUAUAAAUCAUUCCAGGCUAACUCAGAGAUCCAUUUAAAUUUUGCAUUGAUCCUAUUACACUGAUGUAUAUUGUGAUUCUAAUCUAUAGAAGGAGGCGUAUAUGAUGUAGAGUAAUGCUACAUUAAUGCCCAACUCUCUCUUCACGAAUGUUUUUAAGCAAGGCCAUCGAAUUGAUAAGUGGACCACCAA